AAAAACUCAUGUUACAAGAGGAAGAAGCCUAGAGGAGGAAGAGGAAAGAAAAGGAGUCAAGAAUGGCUGUUAUUCAGGAUCUGUUGACAUUCAGGGACGUGGCCGUAGAGUUCUCCUGGGAGGAGUGGAAAUGCCUGAACCCUGCUCAGAGGACUUUAUACAGGGACGUGAUGUUGGAGAACUACAGGAACCUGGUCUCCCUGGGAAUCUCUUCUCUUGACCUGAGUGUUGUCUCCGUGUUGGAGCGAGGAGAGCCCUGGAGUGUGGAUGGCCAGGUGAAAGUAUCUGGAAAGCCAAAUCGGUGGCAGUGUGUCCAAGGUGUGACCACAGAUAAGUCUCCUAAAUGUUUCACCAAGGAACUUUUACCAAAAAGGAAGAGUGAUACAGGAGAAAUGUUACACACAGUAACAUUGAAUAGACAUAAAAUCCAUGAGCUUCAAGAUGUGUGCAUCAAAGAAAUCCAGACAAAUAUACAUGACUUUGAGUGCCAUUACAGAAAGGGUGGAAGACUUGACACAGGAUUCUGUGUGAAUCACAAGGAAAAUCUCACUGACAGAAGAGAUGAACAUGGUAGAAGAACUGCAAGAAAGAAACAUAUUAAAAAUUGGCCUAGAUUAAGCUUUCAAACACAUCAGCCUAAACGGCCAUUUGACAGAGAAAAGAACUUCAGUGAUUGGAAUUACACUGAGAAGUCUAACAACAGUGAUUCCUCAGUUUCAUCCAACCAAAGAAAUCCUUUGAUUGUCAAAAAAAAUAUUUCUCAUGAAUAUGAAAAUGAUUUUCUUCGUUCUUCAUAUUUCACACAAGAACAGGUGAUGCACAUUAGUACAAAGCUUUACAAAUGGAAUGAGUGUGACAAGUCUUUUAACCAAGGCUCACAGUUCACUAGGCAUCAGAUAGUCCAUGCUGAAGAGAAACAAUUUCUAUGUGAUAUAUGUGGCAAGGUUUUCAAUCAGAAAUCAAACCUCAGAAGUCAUCAGAGAAUGCAUACUGGAGAAAAGCCUUUCAAAUGUAAUGAAUGUGGCAAUUUUUUCAGGUAUAGGUCAUCCCUCUCAAAGCAUCAGAAAAUCCAUACUGGAGAGAAGCCUUACAAAUGUAAUGAAUGUGGUAAAGUGUUCAGUUGUAAUUCAUACCUUGCAGUACAUCUGAUAAUUCACACAGGGGAGAAACCUUUCAAAUGUAAUGAAUGUGGCAAGUUGUUCAGUAGAAAUUCUGACCUAGCAUACCACUGUAAGAUUCACAGUGGAGAAAAACCUUACAAGUGUACUCAAUGUGGAAAGGUCUUCAGACACAAGUCAUACCUUGCAUGCCAUCAGAGAAUCCACACAGGAGAGAAACCUUACAAAUGUAAUGAAUGUGGCCAAGUAUUCAGUCUAAACUCGUCUCUGACACAUCAUCGGAGAAUUCAUAUUAGAGAGAGAUCUUACAAAUGUAAGGAAUGUGGCAGGGUCUUCAGUCACAAGUCAUACCUAGCAAAUCAUCAGAGAAUCCAUACUGGAGAGAAACCUUACAAAUGUAAUGAAUGUGGCAAUGUUUUUUGUCGUAAGUCAUCCCUAGCAAAGCAUCAAAGAAUCCAUACUGGAGAGAAGCCUUACAAAUGCAAUGAGUGUGGUAAAGUGUUCAGUUGUAAUUCGUACCUUGCAGAACAUCUGAUAAUUCAUGCUAGAGAGAAACCAUUCAAAUGUAAUGAAUGUGACAAGGUGUUCAGUCGCAAUUCCCGCCUUGUAUGUCAUCUUAGGAUUCAUACUGGAGAGAAACCUUACAAAUGCAAUGAAUGUGGAAAGGUCUUUAGACAAAAGUCAUACCUUGAAUGUCAUAGAAGAAGUCAUACAGGAGAGAAACCGUACAAAUGCAAUGAUUGUGGCAAAGUGUUCCGUCUGAAUUCGUCUCUAGCACAUCAUCGGAGAAUUCAUACUGGAGAGGGACCUUACAAAUGUAAUGAAUGUGGCAAGGUCUUCAGUCGCAAGUCAUACCUAGCAAAGCAUCACAGAGUUCAUACUGGAGAGAAACCAUAUAAAUGUAAUGAAUGUGGCAAUGUUUUCUGUCGUAAGUCAUCCCUAACCAAGCAUCAAAGAAUCCAUACUGGAGAGAAAUCUUAAAAUGUAAUGAAUGUGGAAAAAUUGCCAUCAGGUUUCACACCUUGCACAACAUCAAACCAUUCAAAUGGAGAGAAGCC